AUGAUCACGACAACGUCCCGGGUUCAGGUGCCUUCGGUCAAGACCAGGCUCACUGCUGUGGCCGACGUCAAGCCAGUGCCUGACGUCAAGACCCUUCGAGAUGCUAUUCCGGCGAAAUGCUUCGAGCGCUCCCUUAUCCGCUCUUUCUCUUACGUCGUCCGCGAUCUCAUCGUCGUGAGCGCGCUCUUCACGUCAGCCGUGUGGCUUUCUAGACUCGAGGCCCCAUUGUUCGUCACAGUCCCCUUGUGGAUUCUUUACAGCUUUGUCCAAGGCCUCUUCUUCACAGGUCUCUGGAUCCUCGCGCACGACUGCGGCCACGAUUCUUUCUCUGACAACCUCGCUGUCAACGCUACGACAGGAUGGGCUUUGCACAGCAUGUUGCUUGUGCCGUUCUUCAGCUGGAAAUUUAGCCACGCACGUCAUCAUCGCUACCACAAUCACAUGGAAAAGGACACCGUUUUUGUGCCCCACCGCAAGUCAGACGCCGACGCUAGGACCACUGAGCCAACCACCAUGGAAAAGAUAAUGGACCACUCAGCUGCCGACACACCAUUCAUCCAAGUCUGCGCUCUCCUUUUCCACCAAUUGCUCGGCUGGCCGGCGUACAUCCUGGUAAAUGCUGGAGCGGGUAUGAAGAGCUUGACAAAGAGCGACCGUACUCAAUCCUCUAUGUACAAGCAGAGCCACCUGGAUCCUACUGCCCACGUUUUCACUCCCUCCGAGGCGCCUUUCGUCGCAUUGAGCAACGUCGGCCUUGCUAUCACAUUGGGUUUGCUGUACCUGGCCUCGAGGAGCGUAGGAGGCUGGACUGUUCUGUUGGCGUACGGCCUGCCAUACCUGUGGAUGAACCACUGGAUUGUCGCCAUCACUUACCUUCACCACACGCACCCGAAUGCUCCUCACUACGAGGCAGAGGACUGGACCUUCAUCAAGGGAGCUGCUUCAACUGUCGAUCGCGAAUUCGGCUUCAUUGGUCGUCACAUCUUCCACGGCAUCAUUGAGUACCAUGUCGUACACCACAUGUUCCCCCGUAUUCCCUUCUACCACGCUGAGGAGGCCACAUGGGCCAUUGCACCCCUGCUUGGCGAACGCUACAUCCAACAGAAGAGCAACUUCUUCUCUGACCUUUGGGAGAGCUUCACGACUUGCAAGUAUGUUGAGGAGGGAACUGGUGCGCAGGCUGGAGGUUUGGUCUGGUCGAAGACAAAGGCAUGA